CCUUCAGUCUUGCACAGGUGUAGCGGCUCCUCCCCUCCAGUCUUGCACAGGUGUAGCGGCUCCUCCCCUUCAGUCUUACGCAGGUGUACCGGCUCCUCCCCUUCAGUCUUGCACAGGUGUAGCGGCUCCUCCCCUCCAGUCUUGCACAGGUGUAGCGGCUCCUCCCCUUCAGUCUUGCACAGGUGUACCGGCUCCUCCCCUUCAGUCUUGCACAGGCGUACCGGCUCCUCCCCUUCAGUCUUGCACAGGCGUACCGGCUCCUCCCCUUCAGUCUUGCACAGGUGUAGCGGCUCCUCCCCUUCAGUCUUACAUAGGUGUAUCGGCUCCUCUCCUGGACUGAAAUGGUUUCCUCUGAUUUCACUGCACACUACUGACAUCCACCCAUUU